AUGGAGUUUUCUAUGAUUUUCAUUGUUAGCAACAUCAUGCUGCUUCUCAGUUCAGCAUCUGCCAAAACUGCUAGUCCUCCCUCACUAAGCCCAACUCCAGCACCAGCCCCAGCACCGGACUUUGUUAACCUUACGGAUUUGCUCAGUGUUGCUGGUCCAUUUCACACCUUCCUUGGAUACCUUGAGUCGACCAAAGUGAUUGACACUUUCCAAAACCAAGCCAACAAUACUGAAGAAGGAAUUACUAUCUUUGUUCCUAAGGACAAUGCCUUCACAUCUGCGAAGAAAUCUGCUCUAUCCAAGCUCACCUCUGACCAGAUAAAGCAAGUUAUCCUCUUCCACGCCUUGCCACAUUUCUAUUCUCUGUCCGACUUCAAAAAUCUUAGCGAAACCAGCUCCACUCCCACAUUUGCUGGAGGGGAUUACACUUUGAAUUUCUCUGAUAUUUCUGGGACAGUGCAGAUUAGUUCAGGAUGGUCAAAGACCAAAGUGAGCAGUGCUGUUCAUGCCACAGAUCCUGUUGCUAUAUAUCAAGUUGACAAGGUGCUACUUCCUGAGGCCAUUUUUGGCACUAAUAUACCUCCUGCACCUGCUCCAGCACCAACUCCUGAUGUUGCCCCAGCUGCAGAUUCUCCAACUGAACACAGUGCAGAUAGCAAAGCAUCCUCUCCAUCAUCUACUCCUGAUGGCUCCUCUUCUUACAAGCUCAUCAGCUAUGGAAUCUGGGCCAACCUUGUCUUGGCAACUUUUGGUGUGCUGGUGCUCUUCUGA